UCACCAAUUUUUUGCUAAAAAUGAUAAUAGGAAAUGAGAAAUAUUUUCUAGUAUGUUUUGACCUUUUAUUCAGCUGGGUCAGGUAUUGAGCCGCGUAGCUUGAACUAAAUCUUGUAGGAUCAAAGUUAUAGGUCAGCUAGGUUUGCAAAUUGACAUUGUGGAUCAGCACAAGUCUUUUCAUACAUUAUAACUAUAUUUAGUGAGACCAGUCUUAAAAUCUCUCAGCUCAUCCCUCAUGUCUGGGUAAGGUCUGGUUGUGUUCACAAUGUAUUUGGAAAACACAGACACUCAAAAGAAGGAAAAAAAAUUCUCUUUCAUGAUAUUUCUAAUCUGAUUUUAUUGACUACUUAGUGCCAAAAUCUUAUUCUACUUUGCACAAGCUGUUCAGUUCUAAUUCAGUGUAAAAAGGGACUUUGAGUUAGGCAGCUGAUGAUCAUAGCAAGUUCUUCUGGAAUAACUGUAGAAAUUUUCUUAUAUAAGCUGCAUUUUGGCUGUCUAAAAACUCUCUUCCAUGUUAUUUCUAAUUUGAUAUUGACUGCAUAGGACCAAAUUUUAUUCUAUGCACAAGCUCUUCAGUCCUAAUUCUCGGUGAAAAGGACUUUGAGUUAGGCAGCUGAUGGUCAGAGCAAAUUCUGCUGGUAUACUACAGAAAGUUCCUUAUUGAAGCUGUUUUUGGCUGCCCCUAUUAGCAAAAUUUAAUUUUAUUCCUUGAUGCUGAUAGAUAGCAUGGAAGACACCGAAACAGUUUCUAGUGGCAUUGAAUCAGCAGGAAUGAUGUUGGAACAGCUUGGGAAGGCAUUUGCUGAUCUGGAGUCUCACAAAGAAUCAUCUCUGCAAAGCAAGAUCAAGUGGGAUGAAAUCAAAGAACAUUUCCAGAGUCUGGAGAGAUUGUUGAAGGAUAAAUUGGAGGAAGUAAAAGUGAAGAAGAAGGCUUUUGAGGAGAAGCAAUCAGAAGCUCAGGCAUUGAUUGCAGAAAAGGAGGCUGCUGUUUCUGCAAAAGAACAUGCUUCAUUAGCUCGUCUCCAGGAGCUGAGGGACUCAGCUGUUUCAGCCAUAGCAGAGGCACGUCACAAGUAUAAGGUGGCAUCUCCUGAGCCUAUUGAUGUCAGGGGAAGCAAAGAAAAAAAGGUAAGCACCUCUCCCAAUGAUAUCAAUGCACCAAAUCCUGCUUCAGAGGAAAAAAAUCCUGAUAAUGCAUUAUGCGAGGUCCGUCCUCGGUUGAAGCAACUUUGCCAACAGAUGGAUGCAAAGGGACUUCUGAAAUUUAUUUUAGAAAAGAAGAGGAACCUUGGCAGCCUACGUGAGGAACUUUCACUAGCGCUGAAAUAUGCAACUGAGCCAGCCCGUUUGGUGCUGGAGUCCUUAGAGGGCUUCUACCCUCUUGACCAAUCUAAUUCACCAGGGAAUGAGGAUAAUACCCUUCAGGGCCUGCGCAGAAGCUGUCUUCUAGUGAUGGAAUCUGCUGCCCCUCUAUUGGGGUCAACAGAGCAAGGUGUUAAUCCUUUGAGCUCUGAAAUUAAACAGCAGGCCAAAGAAAUUGCUGAUAAAUGGAUGCCGAAGUUGGCUGGUUUAAAUUUAGAUGCUUCUAAUGGGUAUUCAUUGGAAGCACAAGCAUUUCUGCAGCUCCUUGCUACUUUUAGCAUUGCACCAGAAUUUGAUGAAGACGAACUUUGCAAGCUCGUCAUAGCUGUCUCUCGUCGCAGGCAGGCACCUGAGUUUUGCCGUUCUCUUGGAUUAACACACAAAACGCCAGGCCUUAUUGAAGACCUGGUUAGCAAAGGGAGGCAAAUUGAUGCCGUCCACUUUGCACAUGCCUUUCAGCUUACCGAUCAGUUUCCUCCUGUCCCUUUGAUGAAAGCAUAUCUAAGGGACUUGAAAGAUGCCAAAGAAACUAAUGAAGACACAAGCACUGCUGCUGUACAGAAGGACUCUGCAUCUGAUGAGCUAGGUGCCAUAAGGGCUGUCAUUAAGUGUAUCGAGGAGUACAAGCUCCAAGAAGAGUAUCCUCUGGAUCCCCUCCAGAAACAAGUUGCUCAGCUUGAAAAGGCUAAAGCUGACAAGAAACGAGGUGGAGAUACUGCAAAAUUCCAACCAAAAAGGCCUCGUGCAAGUGGAGGUUAUGUUCCUCGUAGGCAUGCUGGUGCUGUCAAUAACUGGCAGCGCCCACCCUUGGCUUUUGAUCAUAGGGCUCCGUAUGCUGGUGGUGCCGAAAGGUAUGCUUACAACGUACCACCAGCCUACGAAGCACCACCGGUACAUGCUGCAUAUGGGCAACAAGCACACCCUCAGAGAGCAUACCACUAUCCAGAUGAGCGAGGCCCCUCUGUGCCCUAUGGCGGUGCCACAUCGAACUAUGGAAGCUACACAAACACUACCUUGCAUUCUGCUUCGAACAACUAUGCUAAUUAUAUGGGCCCUGGAGUGCCAUCUGCUUCGUCAACCUAUGGGGGAUACACUGGCACUAGUUAUCAGCCCCCACACCAGUCUUAUAUGUGAAGGUGAUCACCAGACACCCAGGAUGUAGUAGCUGCUAGAUGAACAUUUUAGAAUAGGUAAUCGAAAUAUGGCAGCAAGCACAUGUUAUCUGAUGGAUGCAAUCUUGAACUCACUUUCUGACCCUUCUGACGGUCAAAUUUAUUUCCUGGAUCUUGUGAUGUAACCGUGUAUGGUAUAGUAGUUCUCUUGUUCCGUGCU